UUUAAUAACUCUGAACGCAUUGUGGUUUUCUCAUUGUUGUAAAAUCGCCAAGAGCGGGCGGCGGAUAGUCGUUUGAAUUUCAAAUUGUAGAUCCGCACGCUUAAUAUUGAGUGAUUUUUUUUUUAAAUUGUAAAUUAUUGGGAAAUUGUGAUGCAAUAGUGCAAUUAUUUGUGAUGUUUUAAUAGUUUUUUCUUUUAUAUAGUGCGUGAAAAAUGGCGGUUACUAUUUUUGAUCGGGUUUCUAAGUGGUUUGGAAAAGGUGAUAAUGGCGAUAAUAAGAAAAGGGAUGGAGAGCCAUUUUUUAUGUACCUAAGCGUCAUAAUCGCAUAUUUGACAGCAUUUGUAAGCGGAACAUCUAUAUCAUGGACCUCACCAGUUAUACCAAAAUUCAAAACGGACGAAAAUCCAUUUAAUCAUACAGUAAGCACCACUCAGACAGCCAUGUUAACAUCAUUCUUACCAUUGGGAGCUAUUACAGGCCCUAUUUUAGCUGGUUAUAUUGCGGACAGGUACGGGAGAAAAUUUACCAUGAUGCUGCUGGGAUUUCCCUCGAUGAUCGGUUUCUGCAUCUUGGGAUUCGCCAAGUUCAUUGAACUGUGGUAUCUUGCAAGGUUUUUAUUAGGAAUUGGCGUAGGAUGCUUUUUUGCCAUAACUCCGAUGUAUGUAGCAGAAAUUUCCCAAAAUCACAACAGAGCAAAAUUCGGAGUCCUCUUUGGCGUUUUUAUUACUUUGGGAUUAUUUUGGCCAUUUUCAUUAGGAGCACACUUGGUCAUACCACUGUUCGCCAUGACUUGUAAUAUACCAAUUGUGGUAUUUCUCAUAGUGUUUGGUAUAUGGAUGCCAGAGACACCAAUAUUUCUAAUAUCAAAAGGAAAAAUAAAAGAGGCUGAAAAUGCCUUAGUAAAAUUAAGAAAAAAGAAACCAGUGGAGGUACAAGAUGAAAUUAACGAGGUGUUAGCUGGAAUGGAGAAGCAAAAUCAAGGACAAGGUGGAUUCAAAGAACUCAUUACAACCCAACCAUCUCAACGUGCCCUUGUCAUCUGCAUAGGUCUAGUACUGCUCCAAGAACUCUCCGGAAUCCACCCUAUUAUGGCCUAUUUAAAACCCAUCUUCCAAGCAAGCGGCACCAAAAUAUCCCCCGAUUUAUCCACCGUAAUAUUCGGUUUAUCUCAAAUCUCUUCGAAUUUUAUAACAGCCUUAAUUGUGGAAAGAAUUGGCCGCAGAGUCCUGUAUAUUGUCUCAGGAAUAGGUUGCGGAAUAUCAUGCGGUAUUCUCGGAACAUUUUUCUUUUUUCAAAAAAUCGGAGCUGACGUGGAGGUGGUUUAUUGGAUACCACUCACCUGCAUGGUGGCCUACAUGAUUUUCUUCAGUUGCGGUUUGGGACCACUGGCAUGGUCAAUAGUGGGAGAAAUCUUCCCCGCUCAUGUUAAAGGAAUCGGAUCAGGUGUUACUGUUUGUAUCUCGUUUACUGCGUCGUUUAUUGUUUUAAUGACCUUUCCAAUUAUAUCGGAAGCCCUUAGUAUGGCCGCUCCGUUUUGGGGUUACACCAUAGUGAUUGUACUGGGGUUGAUAUUCGUGUAUUUUAUGGUACCUGAGACGAGAGGAAUGACGUUGGCGCAAAUACAAGAGACGUUGUUGAUGAAGACUGACAAGAAAGCUAGAAGGGAUGUCGAAGGGGUGGAUAAUCCGGCGGCUUCGAUGGAGAGUGUGACUACUUAUUUUUAGAUUAUUUUUUUUUAAUAUAUUUAUUUAGUUUU